UUUCACAGCAGGAUCACCCCCCUCACCAUAGGGGUGUAUGCUGAUGUCUUCACCCCACUCACCACCAGCGACGGGGCAGCUGGACUCUGGCAGCCGUAUCUCUACGACAAGGGCAAUGUGCAUGAAACUAAAUGGAACAAAGAGACGUUUGACUAUCUACAAAGUUGCCUCACCUCGCCAGAUUCAGUGAAAAUGGGAAUCUUCCUUCAGUCUGGCUACAAUCUGUGCACUGAACCCCUGCCAGACCCCUCAUUUAAAGAUGCGGUGUUGGGUUUUCGCCAGCUGACUAAACGUGAACUAGACAUGUUCCCGGGAUACAGUUUUGGUUGGUUUAACACCGCUCUCAUGAUUGAAGGAAAGACAUACCUGCCCUGGCUUAUGGACUGGUUAAGACAAAGAGAGGUCAAGUUUUAUCAGAGGAAGAUUGGUUCAUUUAAAGAGUUGGCAGAUAGUGGUGCUGAUGUUAUCAUCAACUGCUCCGGUGUCCGAUCAGGAGACCUCCAGCCUGAUCCUGAGCUCCAGCCAGCCAGAGGACAGAUCAUUAAGGUAGAUGCUCCCUGGAUAAAACAUUGGAUCUCCACACAUAAUUUCUCGUCUAGAGGCAAUUCAGCGUACAUCAUACCCGGGAGUCGUUUAGUCACUGUGGGUGGAGUUUUCCAAGUAGGAAACUGGAAUCUGCAGAACAGUUCUGUUGACCAUAAAAACAUCUGGGAAGCUGCCUGCAAGCUUGAGCCCAGUCUACAGCAUGCGCGGAUUGUAGAGGACUGGACUGGUCUCAGACCCGCUCGCAGCAAAGUUAGACUGGAGAGAGAGACCAUACGAUCUGAACCAACCUCGUUUGAGGUCAUUCAUAACUACGGACAUGGUGGUUUUGGACUGACCAUCCAUCGUGGAUGUGCUGAGGAAGCUGCUCGUCUCUUUGGACAGAUCCUGGAGCAGAAAGGCCUGCUAGCACACUCUAAAUCACGUCUCUAA